AUGUCGACCGCCGAGCUCGCUUCUUCCUACGCGGCCCUCAUCCUCGCCGAUGAUGGCGUCGAGAUCACUGCCGACAAGCUCCAGACCCUGAUCAAGGCUGCCAAGAUCGAGGACGUCGAGCCCAUCUGGACCUCUCUGUUCGCCAAGGCUCUUGAGGGCAAGGACGUCAAGGACCUGCUCUCUAACGUCGGCUCUGGUGGUGGCGCUGCCGCCCCCGCUGCCGGUGGUGCUGCCGCCGCUGGCGGUGCCGCCGAGGCUGCCGCUGAGGAGGCGCCGAAGGAGGAGGAGAAGGAGGAGUCCGACGACGACAUGGGAUUCGGUCUCUUCGACUAA